CGGCUGCACAUCUAUACGGACGGUAGCUACGGCAGCGCACCAGAGACUGCGGCAGGGUCGGUGGUGGUUGUCGACGAGCACUCGGCUGACAGCCCGCGCCGUGGUCCAUUCGGCUUCCGAGGGUACUUGGCAUGGAAAGUCGUUGAAUCUACAGCCGACCUAGUGCGCCAACAGAAAGCCACGGCCUACACCGCGGAGCUUACCGCGGCCUUGUGGGCCCUAAUGUGGGUGCUCAGCCAGGAUAUUACAACGCCCGUGGAGGUGACGCCAGACGCGCUGAACGUGAUAAACCUGGCCUGCGGAGCAGCUCAGUGCCACGUCCACCUUCAGCUGGGCUUUGCAAUUCGUGCGCUUCCAGGACUUCUCGCGCAACAAGGGCAACUAGCAUGGCAUCAUAUCAACUCUCACAUCGGUCACCCCUGGAACGAGCUGGCAGAUGGAGUGGCAGAACUCGCUGGGCACAUGCACCUAAUGGAGUUGAACUACCAGGCAGCCGAGGCCCUCAUGCGCGAGAUCGAGGAGUCCAAGGUCAAAGCAGAGCUGGAGGUGCGACUGUGCGCAUUCAAUUCCAAGUCCCUGAAUGCCAACGUCCAGUUCCUGAACGAGAAGACG